GAAGCCUUUUUCAAUCUGCCGAACGACAUACGUCGGUGUCAUUCCGCGAAUUUUAUGGUCGACCAGUAAUCCAGCUAGAACUCUUCAAAUUUGCUCUUAACGUCCAUGUCGGUAUGGCUACCGCGCUCCCAGCAAACUGCUUUUGCGCGGUGUUAUAGCCGUCAACUCGUCGAAGCACGAACCACUCGUUACAUUUCUCUUGGUCCACACACCCACCUUGUGUCGCCGCGUUCUGCUACUUAUGCUCUCAUCUCUCACCGCGCCCAGAGCACAUCAACUUCUUCAUCUGCUCCCGCAAGCCGUGAUGCUACGAGUAAAAUUGUUACCAAUGAUUCUUCCACUCUUGAACCAAAGGCUGCACCCCCUGCACCUAAGGAUCCUACCUCUGACGCACCGCUCAUGACUCGGGCUUGGAAAAAAGUGAAACACGAAGCAGCGCACUAUUGGCAUGGCUCGAAGCUACUUGUUUCAGAAGUCAGGAUCUCCGCCAGACUGCAGUGGAAGAUUCUUCAUGGAGAGAGUUUGACCCGAAGAGAACGGCGACAGCUAAAGCGUACGACCCAGGACUUGCUUCGACUCGUACCCUUUGCUGUUUUCGUCAUUGUGCCUUUCAUGGAGCUCCUACUUCCUGUCGCUUUGAAACUAUUUCCCAAUAUGCUUCCCUCGACUUUUGAAGACAAAUUUGCUGCUGAAGAGAAACAGCGAAAGCUCCUUCGAGUGAGACUCGAAAUGGCAAAGUUCCUUCAGGAAACGUUGCGAGAGUCUGGCUUGAAGGCAAAUGCCCACAUAGUAGGCUCGGACGCCUUCGAGGAGUUUUUCAGGAGGGUCCGUUCCACUGGAGAGUCACCCUCUGCGACGGAUAUUAUCAAUGUUGCUAAACUCUUUGACGAUGACCUUACUCUUGAUAACUUGUCUCGACCGCAACUCGUUUCAAUGUGUCGGUACAUGGGCGUUAAUGCAUUCGGCACGGACAAUUUCCUUCGGGGUGCUAUUCGCUCCCGUCUCAUGAACCUUCGCCGAGAUGAUCAAGUCAUUUACUCUGAAGGUGUCGAAGAAUUAUCGACCUCGGAGUUGCAGGCUGCAUGUCAAUCGCGUGGUAUCCGUACCACUGGCGUUUCUCCUGCGCGACUUCGGGACGAGUUGACUACAUGGAUUCAGCUACAUCUUCAUAAUCGUGUUUCUGGUGUACUGUUGAUUCUCGGACGAGCCUUUCAUUUCGAUCGCAAGCCAGGUGAAGAUGAAGAUGGAAAAACAACUGUAAUUAAGAGCCUUGAAAGUGUCCUUAGCGGAUUGCCAGAUAACUUGGAGGUUGACUCGGACAGUGCUAGCUACAAACAGAAACUCGAAGUUCUACAACAACAAGAGGAGCUCAUUGAAGAUGAAGAAGAGCAAGAGCAAAAGGAAGAAGAUGCGCGCCGUGCCAAGCGUGAGGCUGACGAGUCAGAAGCACGCACCGCACAGUCUCUUCUACCUGACACUGAGCUUGGCGAAGCGUUGUCGAUUUUGUCAGCACAGUCUAGUGUUCUUAAAGAACGUGAUGAGCUUCGUGCCCUUAUGGAAGAGAACCUUCAGGCGGAAGAGGACCCCAAGUCACCUUCAGGGGCGCUGACAAAACGUAUCCGGACAAUGCUCACAAAAAUCGACACUCAAUUGCAAGAAUACGAUUCACGUGUUGGUAAUUCCUUGCAGAUGUUCUCUGCGGAUGCACAGGGACGCAUACCUGUGAAGGACCUAGAGAAGGCACUCGCUGUGAUCAAGCACAAGCCCGACGACGUGGUCGGACAAGCAGUGAUCCAGAAGCUAGAUGUCGACAAAGAUGGGUUUGUGGAGCUGGAGCACGUGCUUGGUCUUGUAAGGGAAGAGGGUCUUGGUAUCGAGAUUGAUGAUGAGGCCCAAACGUUAAUUGGUCAGGGCAAAGAAAUCAAGGACUCGAGACCAAGGAAGGAGGACAUUGUUCAGGAGUAAGGCCUAUUCAGACAUUUUACACAUAGACUAGAGCACAACUCUAUUAUCCCUACGUACCGUAAGAACUUCAUACUGAGGCUUCGGCCAGCAAAGGCGACUAGAUCGUAUGGAUUGUCCUGGAA